CAACCGGUUCCUCUCUCUCUCUCUCUCUCUCUCUCGAAAUCGUUGAAUCUUUAUCUGUUUCUGAUUUCGAGAAGUCUAUGAUUGGUGAAGAGGAAGACAUGGACGGAGCUCCAGCAGCGUUGGAUUCUCUUUCUUCUCAACGAGAUGUUCUUUAUAGUUGUGGAUAUUGUGGAUAUGCACUAAAUCUCUCCUCAUCACAACGGAAUACAACCAACAUCGGCUCCAAAUAUGGGAAGGCAAUCAAGAAAGGAGUAGUGUUAUUCUACUCGAUAGAUGACAGCAGGUUCUCUCACGUGGAUGAGUUGAGGUGUUUACCCUUCUUCACGUCGAAGCACUCUUGGGGCUUCUUAAGGCAGAGUACGAAGCUGCUUUGCCGGAAAUGCGGGGCUUACAUUGGCAGUUCUUAUGACGUUGGUUUCACUCCGGUAACUCCGGAUAGCGCAUCGGAUUCGAACUCUUCUAAUGGGGUUGCGAAGAAGUACAAGAUCAGGAUCGGCGCACUGCAGCCUUCUUCUGAUGAAUCAGGUAUUCCGAUUUGCGCAUAAUGUUUGUGUGUUGUGUGCCUUGGUGAACAGAGAACACUAAAAUGUGAAUUAAGAUAAAUGGAUUGUAGAUGAGAAUGUUAUAGCUAAGAUUGUUAGUUGUGUGUUUAAAUUAGCACGUAAACUUCUUGUACAAACUACAGAGAUAUGUUUAUCUAAUAUUGCAAGGGUAUAUGUUGGAAUCGAAAAUAUUUGCAACUAUCGGCUGUGUGUAUUAUGUGAAUUCAAUUGUCAUGUACGAUUUACCAUA